UCUCGGCGGAGACGUUCAGAACCAACAUGGUGAACACAGCGUCCGUCUGGGGUCCGGCUCCGCAGCGCAGCCGCUGAUCCGAGGACCGUGUGACUCAGCGGGAGAUUGAACCGGCGACCCCUGGGUGUCGGUGCGAGAGAGACCCGGGCGGGGGAAGGAGCGGCGAGCAACCGGGCGCGUAGCUCCGUGAAGGCGGCGCGCCGGAGGAGGAGGAAGUGUCCCCGCCUGCUCCACAGCCUCUCCGCAGCGGGCGAUCGCAGCCUUGUCCGCGGCCAUGGCUGCUCUCGGGAACUCGGGGCCCGCCUCCAGCCCGAUGGUGAUCCUGGCUCCGAAGACCAAGACGAAGAAGAAGCACUUCGUGCAGCAGAAGGUGAAGGUGUUCCGGGCCAGCGACCCGGUGCUCAGCGUCUUCAUGUGGGGCGUCAACCACUCGAUCAAUGAUCUCAACCAGGUGCCUGUUCCUGUCAUGCUUCUUCCUGACGACUUCAAAGCCAACACCAAAAUCAAAGUCAACAACCACCUCUUCAACAAAGAAAACCUUCCGGGACAUUUCAAAUUCAAGGAGUACUGUCCUCAGGUCUUCCGGAAUCUAAGGGAGCGGUUUGGUAUUGAGGAUCUGGACUAUCAGGUGUCGUUGACUCGCAGCCCCCCAUCGAGGAGCGUAGACGACCAAGAGGGUCUGCUCCUCAACUCCUACGACCGAACGCUGGUCGUCAAGCAAAUCUCCAGUGAGGACGUCGCAGACAUGCACAGCAUCCUGUCCGAGUAUCACCAGCACAUCGUCAAGUGUCAUGGCAGCACCCUGCUGCCACAGUUCCUGGGCAUGUACCGGGUGGGCGUGGACAGCGAGGAGACGUACCUGAUCGUCAUGAGGAACAUGUUCAGCCACAGACUGGUGGUGCACAGGAAGUACGACCUGAAGGGCUCUCUGGUGGCUCGUGAAGCAAGUGACAAAGAAAGGGGUAAAGAGCUUCCUACCUUCAAGGACAUGGACUUCAGGAACAACAUGCAGAAAGUUUACGUGACCGAAGAGCAGAAGGAGAAGUUCAUGGAGAAGCUGAACAGAGACGUGGAGUUUCUGGUGAAGCUGAAGAUCAUGGACUACAGUCUGCUCCUCGGCAUCCACGAUGUGGGCCGAACUGAACGGGAGGAGGAGGAGGGUGAGGAGGUUUCCAACGAGGAAGAACCGGACGCGGAGAACGGCCUGGCGAUGGGCCCCACGGUGGGAUCCUAUGGUACUUCUCCAGAGGGAAUCGCUGGUUACAUGUCCUCCUGCAAACCUCUGGGGCCCGGAGAGUUCGACCCGUAUGUGGACGUGUACGCGAUCGGGAGCUGCGCAGGAGCUCCUCAGAGGGAGGUUUACUUCAUGGGCCUGAUCGAUGUCCUCACUCAGUACGACACCAAGAAGAAAGCUGCUCAUGCUGCGAAAACCGUCAAACACGGG